ACUACAUCAUGUCUGGACGUGGUAAAGGCGGCAAAGUCAAGGGGAAGGUCAAGUCUCGUUCUAACCGUGCCGGACUGCAAUUCCCCGUGGGACGUAUACAUAGACUGUUGCGUAAUGGAAAUUACGCGGAACGCGUUGGCGCCACCUGUUUAUCUAGCCGCCGUUAUGGGUACCUAGCCGCUGAAGUUCUAGAGUUGGCAGGAAACGCCGCUAGGGACAACAAGAAAACCAGAAUCAUACCUAGACAUCUUCAAUUGGCGAUAAGAAACGACGAGGAGUUAAACAAACUUCUCUCCGGUGUGACCAUCGCACAGGGCGGCGUGUUGCCGAACAUUCAAGCGGUGCUGUUGCCCAAAAAGACCGAGAAGAAGGCUUAAUUAAUUAGUUAGUAAUUAAUUAUACCUUUAUAAAAUACCUAAAACUGUAACACCGACGCUGCGUGGGCACGCGUUGCACGUCGCAAACCAUGAGCGAGCGAGUGAGCGC